AUGGCAAACCGGACAGUAAAGGAUGCUCACAGCAUCCAUGGCACCAACCCGCAGUACCUGGUGGAGAAGAUCAUCCGAACUCGAAUCUAUGAAUCCAAGUACUGGAAGGAGGAGUGCUUCGGGCUCACAGCUGAGCUUGUUGUGGAUAAAGCCAUGGAAUUGAGGUUCAUGGGUGGGGUCUAUGGCAGCACCAUCAAGCCAACUCCUUUCCUGUGCCUGACCUUAAAGAUGUUGCAAAUACAGCCAGAGAAGGACAUCAUAGUGGAAUUCAUCAGAAAUGAGGAUUUCAAAUAUGUCCGCAUGUUGGGGGCCCUGUACAUGAGGCUGACAGGCACUGCCACUGACUGCUAUAAAUAUCUAGAACCUCUUUAUAAUGACUAUCGGAAAAUUAGGAUCCAGAACCGAAAUGGGGAAUUUGAGCUGAUGCGCAUGGAUGAGUUUAUUGAUGAGCUUCUACACCGGGAGCGGGUUUGUGACAUCAUCCUGCCCCGGCUUCAGAAGCGCUACGUGCUAGAAGAAGCUGAGCAGCUGAAGCCCCGAAUCAGUGCCCUGGAGGAGGACAUGGACGAUGUGGAGUCCAGUGAGGAGGAAGAAGAGGACAAUAAUGACAAGCUGGAGACUGCCUCGUCCCUGGCUCAGCUCCAGCGAAGUUACCGCAAGCUGGACAAGCCCCAUCACUCUCCAAAGCUGCGCUACAAGCGAAGCCGGAGCCGGAGCCGGAGCCGGAGCCGGAGCCGGAGCCGGAGCCAGAGCCGAUCUCCCCAGAGAUGCAGCUGGUCUCCCAAAAGGAGGAGUCCCUCCCACCGUCGAGAAAGACAUCGCAGCAAGAGCCCAAGACGCCACCGGAGCCGAUUCCAAGAACGGCGCCACAGCCACCGCUCCCGAUCCAGAUCUCCAGGCCAUCACAGGAGCUAUUCUAAGUCACCUAAAAGGUUGAGGAAAAGCCACAAGAAGAGCAAGCAGAGGAACAAGUAG